AUGGUUCGCCUCGGUCCAUCUAUCAUCCCUGAAUGCGACACAGAAACAGGGAAGCUCGUCGUCCCUCACACUGCCGUCGCGCAGAAGGUGCGAGUGGACGGGGAGCUGCAGGCGUAUCCCACCGAGUCCGUGGACCUGCGCUGCCAGUUCAUCGACGGGGGAGGGCUCACCAAGCUCACGCAGGUUUCCUGGAUAUGGGAGCCGGUCGACGGCCAAAGGGACAACAUCGCCGUCUUCCACCCGGUUUAUGGACAGAGCUUCCCCAACCUGUCCUUCAAAGACCGAGUGGUCUUCCUCCAGAACAGCCUGGUGAACCCGUCCAUCAGGAUCUCCAACCUGUCCAUGUCCGACGCGGGCCGCUACACCUGCGAGUACGCCACCUACCCCACCGGGAACGAGCAGGGGACAACCACCCUCGUCAUGCUCGCCAAGCCCAGGAACUCGGCCAGCGUGGUGACGGUGCGGGCCGGCACCCGCUCGGUGGUGGUGGCCCGCUGCGAGGCGGCCGACGGGAAGCCCGCCGCCACCAUCAAGUGGCUGGCGUCGGUGGGGGGGAACCACUCGGCCAGCGCCACCAACGGGCCGGACGGCACGGUGACGGUGCGCAGCGAGUACCGGCUGGUGCCCACGGAGGCCGACAACGGCCGGGAGGUGACCUGCCUGGUGGAGCAGCGCACGCAGGACCGGCCCUGGGUGCACACCCUCAAGCUGUCCGUGGAGUACCCCCCCACUGUGUCCAUUGAGGGCUACGACAACAACUGGUACGUGGGCCGCUCGGACGCCGUCCUGCUCUGCCUGGCCAACGCCAACCCGGCGCCCACCACCAUCACCUGGACCGCGGCCUCGGGCCCCCUGCCGGAGACGGUGGUGGUGGAGGACAACAAGCUGACCGUGAGGAAGGUGGACGACGCGGUCAACACCACCUUCAUCUGCGAGGUCAGGAACAAGCACGGGGCCAGCCGGCACCAGCUCACCACCUUCGUCAUGGGUGAGUCCGCCCGCCGCCCCCCCGCACCCCCACGCGCCCCCACCCACCCCCACGCCGGCGGGGGGGCGCGCACGCCCCGAGAAACGCGCUGGCCGCUCUCAGGUCCAGUUCCUCGUGCAGCAGCAGGGUGGAGGCCUUCAGGAGGCUCUGGCCCCCGCGGGGCCCGGCCGGCCGGCCCGUGUCUGUGGGCUCAGGUCGGCGCCGCUUUAAGCUUUAAGCCGUACAGAAGCGGCGGCGCCAGCGGCAAGCGGGACCCCGGCGGGAUGCGGGUUAGAUGUGGGCGGUGCCGCCUCGCUGUUGGGAGUGGUGGGUUAGUCAGAAACAGCGUUUUUGGUGCCGUGCACCAGCUCUGGCAGAUAUCUGUGCACGUGAUCGGGUGGUUCACGGUGACGCCCUCGUCUCAUCUGCAGCGACGCGCGCGCUGA